UUUAUUUUAUUGUCUUGUUUCACUUAUACAUUUAUUUUUUUAGUAAGAAUUUUAAAUUUAAUUUUUUUCUUUAAAAUAAAAAAACCAUGAACUUUCAAAAAACUAGCGGCGAUUAUUCUUCAUUAGUUUCUUUAGUACGAAACCAAGCAAAUCAAACAUAUCCGCAAUAUACCACAUUCACAUCAAGAUUAAAAACAUAUAAUUUAUUUCCGUCAACUAUACCUCAAAACAAAUAUGUAUUGUCUGAAUUUGGUUUUAUAUAUACAGCCAAUACAAGGGUUCAAGAUAUUGUGGAAUGCUUCUCUUGUGGACUUGUAUUACAUGACUGGAAGAAGGAUGACAUUCCAUGGAUUGUAAAAAAGGUGCUCAGAACAUACAAAUAUAUACUACUAACGUUGCCAUUUUCAGUUUUGAACUGUAUGAUCAAUGUACCAAUAUUGCGCUUCUUAAUAUAUUUUACAAUUAGUGUAUCAAUUGGGUUUACCUUAUAG